AUGCCGCGUUUCUUGAACACCUCGACGGGCGAGUUCGAAUGGCACAAUCACCCGGAAAGAGUCAUCUACGCUAUACUAUCCCACGUAUGGCGGGAUACAGAGCUUGGCGGAGAGCAGUCGUAUCAGGACGUUCUACAGCUACAAGACGCGAUGGUCGAGAGCCUGCGAAGACAGAAAACCGCGGGGGUCUGCACGGUCGCGCGCGAGGCCGGAUUCAAGCUCGUAUGGAGCGAUGCAUGCUGCAUCGACAAGUCGAGCAGCGCAGAACUCUCCGAGGCGAUCAACUCGAUGUACGAGUGGUACAGACUGGCGCACGUCUGCUACGUCCACCUCGAGGACGUCCCCGACGGCGAUGUUCCCAGCGAUCACGCCUCCCGCUUCCGGGACAGCAAAUGGCACAAACGCGGGUGGACGCUGCAGGAGCUGAUUGCGCCGGAGCGCAUCGAGUUCUUGACACGUACGUGGCGCUUCCUGGGAACGAAGAUCGGGCUUGCCUCAACUCUGGAGGAGAUCACCGGGGUGGACUUCGAUAUCCUCACGGGACGGGCGACCGUAGACUCAGCGAAUGUCGCGCGGAGGAUGUCGUGGGCAGCGGAGCGCGAGACAUCGCGCAUCGAGGACCAGGCAUACUCGCUGAUGGGUAUAUUUGGCGUCCACAUGUCUCCUAUCUACGGCGAAGGCGACAACGCCUUUCUGCGUCUCCAGGAGGAGAUCAUUCGGACGAUUACUGAUCACAGCAUCUUUGCCUGGGGAUACGGCCCGGAUGGACUCCUGCGGCCUCUGAACAGUGCUUUCUGCGACGAGCAUGAUUGCUUCUACUCGGCCGGAGGCCUACUCGCACGCAGUCCGAAGUCCUUCGUUGGC